AUGCCAAUAACAGUCGCAAAGGAUGGGAGAUUCGCACGUCGCUAUAGCGGGCAGGGAUUGGAGCAGAGUAUACCCGAUGGCCAUCAGGAUAUGCCGUUUAUAGACGGUUUUCCGACUCGACUCAUUCGGGAAGGUUUACCUGGACGACUGAAUAGGGAAAUGAUUGGGAGUGGCGGCCGCUGGGUGAUCGAGCCGCGAUCAAGCAAGAUAUUUGCCAAUCCAUGGGCUGAACAACUGCUCAGCCAGAACACUGAAAUUGUGAUUCCUCACAAUCUGGCGAGUCUUGCCCAAGAUGGAAAGAAGGGUGCUGAUAGGGAAAUGCCAGCCAAGAAAGAACGCACACCAUCAGAUUCGCCGCCAGAAAUUCCGGAAUAUCCAGCAAGGCAAGAAUCACAAGCAUCAUUAGCUUUACUUGAUGCGAAAGAGUUACCGAUCCCAGAGGCGGUGCCAUGCGGGGGGCCAGAAGUCCUAAAACUACCGAAUACCGUGCCCAACGAUUUUGUGCCUUCAUCAGGUGUAGAAAAUGCGCUGGCUUUGGCUCAAGACAGUUUCAUUGCGACAGAGAUCCAAAAGGAGCCUCAAACAGAGAUCAGGUCCGACAAAAUACACAUCCUAGGGACCACCAGAAUGAGCAAGUAUGUUGCGCACUCAAUUGCUUCACUGCCACACGCCCCUCCCGUCACCAUUCUUAUUCACCGACCUCAUUUCCUGAAGGAAUGGCAAGAUGAGGGCGCUGUCAUCAGUGUAAUCCGUGAUGGAAGAGUCUCUAUUCAAUCGAACAUUAAACUCGAGCCUGUUAUGGAGUUCCCUCGUUUCGGGAGGCGCAACCCUAAUGUUCCGGUUCCAACCACACCAGAGUCCGUGUGCCAGAGUCGAAUUGAUAACUUAGUAGUUACGACAGACUCGCAUGCUACCCUAGCAGCGCUCUCAUCUAUCCGACAUCGAAUCCGCUCAACGACGACCAUCUGCUUCAUGGCCGAGGACGUGGGCAUAGGCUUGAUCGAUGUGAUCAACACCAAAUUCUUUCCCGACCCACAACAACGACCCAGCUACGUAGUGGCAGAUUUCAGCCAUAAAAUCACUCCCACUGAACGGAGAUUCACGAUUUCCGAGACGGUUUCAGGAGAAGCCCAUUUCACCGCUCUGGAACGUGACGCUGAAAUACCCAAAGAGGCAAGACUUCUAGGCGUCGACCCGUUCGGGAUGGGUGAGAAUGGGCGGGCGGACGACCCUUUUGCUCACAUCCUGAGAACUAUUACGCAGGCCCCUGAAUUCAACGCUAAACCGCUUAAAACAACGCAUUUCCUACGAAGACAUCUGGAGAAGAUGAUUGUCUGGUCAAUCAUCGGACCCCUCACUGUUAUUUUCGACUGUUCAAACAAGCAGCUGCUGCAUAACUAUAACGCUACAAAAACAAUGGCGCCACUUCUAGAGGAGAUGAUCCAGAUCGUCCGUGUAUUACCAGAAUUAGCACAUUCACCGAAAACUCAACAACAUUUUACACAGGAAUAUUUGCAGCCUAUCAUCAUUUCUAAUUUGAAAAAAACAAAGUCCAAUACCUCUACCAUGUUGCAAGCGGUGAGGAAAGGCAAAAGGACGGGCAUUGAAUUCUACAACGAAUAUUUUGUUCGCCGUGCGAUAGAGUUGGGCCUUCCAUGUGCCCAAAAUCAGAUGAUGAUUGAUAUGGUGAAGGCAAAGAAUGCUAUCAUUGGAAGAGAAAGGAACGGGUAUAUACCAUUUCGGGCUGAGCGUAAGAACUUGCCAUUGUAA